AUGAAUCUCGUGGACACGCGUGUGCUUGGCCAGGGCUAUAAGCUCUAUGUGGACAACUUCUAUACUAGCCCUACCCUGUUCAAGGACCUCCUGGCCGAGAAGCCCACAACCCACAGACCACCGUUCAGAGGAGGGUCAGAGGGACAGAUGGGCCGGUGGCAGCUGAAGUCCAUCCCUGCCCCACCAGCUGUCACUGAUUAUAACAAACAUAUGGGGGGAGUGGACCUCUCUGAUGCCAUGAUCGGGUUUUACAACACCGUUCACAAGACCAGGAAGUGGCACAGGACGUUCUUCUAUCACUUUCUGGACAUUGCCAUCGUGAACGCCUUUGUACUUCAUUCCUGUAUGGCAGCAGAGAGGCAUGAGACCCCCCUUACACAGAAGGCGUUCCGGGAGGCCCUGGUGUUGGAGCUGAAGGCAGCGGGGUCACCUUCAACUGGCCCUCCUCCAUCACCUGCUCCAGCUCCCCAAGGUGCACAUCACAAACUGAGGCACUACACGGAAGAUGGCACAGCAGGGAGGCGGAGGUGUGUGAACUGUUCCCUGAAGAGCACCACAGAGUGCACUUCAUGCCAGGUAGUGCUGUGCUUUACGGUGAAGAGGGACUGCUACAAUGAGUGGCAUACAAAGAACAAUUUGUAGGACUCCCCCCUCCCCCUCACUUCUCUUUCUCUCACUCACACACACACACAC